GACAUUUUCUGCUGCUGCUGCUGCUUCUGCGGUAGAAGCUGCCGCGAGUAAGUCAGAGGAAGGAGGAUCGAGAGGGAGGAGGCUUCAUCUGCAGCCAUGCUGAAUCACUGUUGCUGAUCAGAUCUCCCGCUGGUUGGCUGGGAGAACUGAGAACAGAGCUAGGAUCCCUGGGUGCAUGCACAGUUCAGCGGCUGCCACCUCGCCUGGGCCUCGCACAAUGGAGGGUGAAAGCAUCAAGCCGAGCUCCCAACCCCUACUACAGCCUGGGAAUGAUGAGAAGAACCAGAGGAAGAUCACUGUCAACCCUGCCCACAUGGGGAAGGCGUUCAAGGUUAUGAAUGAUCUGCGGAGUAAGCAGCUGUUGUGUGACGUGAUGAUUGUGGCAGAAGAUGUCGAGAUAGAAGCCCACCGUGUGGUCCUGGCAGCCUGCAGCCCCUACUUCUGUGCGAUGUUCACAGGUGACAUGUCUGAGAGUAAAGCCAAGAAGAUUGAAAUCAAGGAUGUGGAUGGGCAGACGCUGAGUAAGCUGAUUGACUACAUCUAUACGGCUGAAAUUGAGGUGACUGAAGAGAAUGUCCAGGUGCUGCUCCCAGCAGCCAGCUUGCUGCAGCUCAUGGAUGUUCGGCAGAACUGCUGUGACUUCCUGCAGUCUCAGUUGCAUCCCACCAAUUGCCUGGGCAUCCGAGCAUUUGCCGACGUGCAUACCUGCACCGAGCUUCUGCAGCAGGCCAACGCUUAUGCAGAGCAGCACUUUCCAGAGGUGAUGCUGGGGGAAGAAUUUCUUAGCCUAAGUCUGGACCAGGUGUGCAGCUUGAUAUCCAGUGACAAGCUGACCGUUUCUUCAGAAGAGAAGGUAUUUGAAGCUGUGAUUUCGUGGAUCAAUUAUGAGAAAGAAACCCGUUUAGAGCACAUGGCAAAGCUGAUGGAACAUGUCCGUCUCCCUCUCUUGCCUAGGGAUUACCUGGUUCAGACGGUCGAAGAAGAAGCUUUGAUAAAGAAUAACAACACCUGUAAGGACUUCCUCAUCGAAGCCAUGAAAUACCAUCUGCUCCCUCUGGAUCAGAGGCUCUUGAUUAAGAACCCAAGGACCAAGCCCAGGACUCCAGUCAGCUUGCCCAAGGUCAUGAUUGUGGUCGGUGGCCAGGCGCCCAAGGCGAUCCGCAGUGUGGAGUGCUAUGAUUUUGAGGAGGAGCGCUGGGACCAGAUUGCUGAGCUUCCCUCCAGGAGAUGCAGAGCAGGUGUGGUAUUCAUGGCUGGCCAUGUGUACGCUGUGGGUGGGUUUAAUGGCUCACUGCGUGUGCGGACCGUGGACGUGUACGAUGGUGUGAAGGACCAGUGGACAUCCAUCGCCAGCAUGCAGGAGCGCCGGAGCACGCUGGGCGCCGCCGUGCUCAACGACCUGCUCUAUGCCGUGGGGGGCUUUGAUGGCAGUACUGGCCUAGCGUCGGUGGAAGCCUACAGCUACAAGACCAACGAGUGGUUCUUCGUGGCCCCAAUGAACACGCGACGGAGCAGUGUGGGUGUGGGUGUUGUGGAGGGGAAGCUGUAUGCUGUCGGGGGUUACGAUGGGGCUUCCCGCCAGUGCCUGAGCACUGUGGAGCAGUACAACCCAGCGACCAAUGAGUGGACGUAUGUGGCAGACAUGAGCACCCGCCGCAGUGGCGCAGGGGUUGGGGUCCUCAGCGGACAGCUGUAUGCCACAGGUGGGCACGACGGGCCCCUGGUGAGGAAGAGCGUUGAGGUUUACGAUCCUGGGACAAACACCUGGAAGCAGGUGGCUGACAUGAACAUGUGCCGGCGCAAUGCAGGGGUCUGUGCAGUGAAUGGGCUCCUGUAUGUGGUUGGAGGGGAUGAUGGAUCCUGCAACUUGGCUUCAGUGGAGUACUACAAUCCCGUCACUGACAAGUGGACGCUGCUGCCAACAAACAUGAGCACGGGGCGGAGCUACGCAGGUGUUGCUGUAAUUCACAAGCCCUUGUGACCCCAACUCCCACUGCCAGGAUGUGGAGGAAGGGAGGGGUGCUGCCUGUGACUCAGAACAGUGGGACCACGACUGCUGGAUGCCACUCGCUGCAAGAGUCUGCAGUGGAGCGAGAGCCACCCUCCUCUGACUUGGCAGAGUGGCGAGCUGGUGGAACACCGGUGACCCAUCUCCUGCUCCCUGAGGUGUUUUGGCCUCUGCCCUGAGCAGUGGGCUCCUGAUAGCUCCAGGUGGCACCUUUGGGCUUUUUUGUGUUUCUACAGGGACAGUGUGUGUAUAUGUGUGUUUGUGGGUGUGUGUGUGUGUGUGUCUGUGCGUAGAACAUGGUGUUUCACUGAGUUGGGGGUGUGUGAAAAUCUACUGGAUUUCUUUACUACUGAUCCUUCCCCUAUGCUAAAAAUCGAAUCACAGAAACCUCUCUUCUGGAUUUGCCCAUUGGGCCCCCGAGACUACUAAAGCUGCUGUCUGCUGGAGGUCAUGCUGGACAGCGAAUGUCCAGAAAUAACUAGCUAGAGGGGCAGUGCUUUGACCAUGCCCACACACUGGCCUGACUACUGGCGCUGUCUGCAGAGGAGCUGGCAUGCUCAGAGCUGCACCGUGUUCUUUGUGCGUCAGAACUAGGAGCAAAGUGUCCCCAACUCCCCUGCCAGGUGCUUUUCCUUGGGCUCUCCUCUGGGAAGCAGAAGAGAGCUGCCCAGUCUUUAGGCCACUGGUCUUUGAUGUCAUGGAUUCCAGGUUUGGGAGAUUUUGUGUCUUUCAGCAGGAAAACUAGCUUUUCAUAGAAGCCAUGACUAACACACUGGAGAAAAAGAUAUACAUGAAAAACAAAAACAAAACCCAAAGUCUCUGCCCAUAAUCAUCUCAGAGAGGAUCCUACCUCUGGGUUUCCCGGGAUAGGACAGUCCCCAUUUACACUUAUAGUCCAAGCUUAAUUAUUCACAGCAUCCCAUUUUACCCUCGAAAGUGUUCUGGUUCAAAGGAUGAGUAAAAGGUCACCCUACCUCCAAAUCCAAAGCUGGGUUUGUCUCUGCAUUGGAUGGGGUCAUGUGUGAUUUGGAUGGACAUGGAUGCCUUCAAAGGAGUAUGCUUGCUGGGGCUGGCCCUCAGCGCUUUGUGAUGAUGGUCAUGUCUGUCUGAUAUCCUUUCCUUGUGCUCUCCCCCAUUCCAGGGCAUGUACCCUCUCUCCAACCCUCUGAACACCUGCCUCCUCCUUGCUUCCCCUGUUAGGGGAGGAGAUGGUGGUAGGCCUUGGAUGUGUGAUCUCUCUGAGGGGUACUUGCAUUUUAAGAGAGGAGCUUGAUGAGAGCUUUGCUAAUUCACAGGUAAAAUUAUUAAUGACAGAACUUCAAGCAUCUGGAGGCGGGUAUUCGAGGGCACAUGGAGUCAUUUGUAUUUUAAAAAAAUAACCUUAAAGCUGUGCUCUUUCUAAACUAGCAAGUUGCUUAUGUUGGAAUUUCUGGCAUAAGGAGGGGAAGUCUUGUGUCUCGAGAACAGUCCUCCCACUUUGGGGGCUGGGGUUUGACCCUCCAUGAUGCCAAGGUCCACCUGCAGGGAGGUGGGGGCCUUUAUAGACCCUGAUGUUGAACUUUUGACACAAUUGGGCUACUUCAAAGCAGAUAUUGCAGGAGAUUAGUGUUCCCCCACCCCACUGCCACGACCCCAACCAAAACCCAGGACCCUCCCUGGCUAGUCGGCCACUUCGUGUAUUUACUGUAUGUUUAUUGUGCACUAAACACUCAACUCUCCUGAAGAGGGAACUUCUCCUUCUGAUGUUGAGCAGCUGUUAUUUCAGCGAGACAUCUGGAGAGCACCAAGGCACCCAGAAUUUUUAGUAACCUUGGGAAGAGACUAAAAUAUCCAGCUUCGGUGGAGCUGGAAGAAAUGUCUCCAAAGGAAUCAGCCAUGCUUUUAGUUGGGUGCUCUGUCUCACCCAGCACUGGGGAUGCCUGUGUUUUCAGAGCUCUGCCUGGCUCUGGAUCGGAGGCUGAUGGAAUGAGCUUUUUGUUCCAAAUGUUCUUCCUCCCUCUCUGAGGAAGGUUUGGGACUUUGUUUUGGUGAGUGUGUGUGGAUGGUGGGGAUGAGGUUGGGGGCUGGGGCCUGAUGUGUGUUAUUUGCACAACACCUGAUUUCAGGUGAAAGGUGAAUUCCCCAUCCCCUCCCCAGCCCCUGGGAGCUGGGCUUUCAUGCUUGUGUUGGGGAGGCUACGGUUUGUGUGUCAUUGUCCCAGAAAGGGUCCCUUCCCUGAAAGCUAGCCAGCUAUGUUUUCUGCUUUUGAAUUUUUGCUAUUGGUUCCACCUCACAUCUCCCUUCCCAGGAGGCACUGCCCCUGCCGUAGUGCUGCUGAGGCCAUGUUCAUUUCAUCCUCGUGUGUCCUUUCUCAUGGGGACUAGAACACUGGUACGUCAUCACCAAAAAGCCAAUCUGUUCAGCUGCCCACAGAUGCCAUCCAAAACCUGCUGUCUCUUUAUCACCUGGUACGAUUCUCUCCACAGUGGACACAACAGACUUACUUUCAAGUCUGUGCUGGCCACGUGGUAGGUGAACCCCCAGUGCCCCCCAUUCAGGUGGCCACAACUGCUUGUGAAUGCAGCUUUGCCAGUGGUGUAUCUGAAAUCUGAUCACAGUGAUGAAAUGGAAUUUGGUCCAAGGUUACAAGCAGCUUAGACACCACUUGGAUACUGAUUUGGACGACAUAGAAGUCAGACUCUGAAUUCCAAAGUUAUUUCUCAUAAGUACCCAAUGGCAUCUCUCCAUCUAAAAAGUUGCAGUAUUAUGCAAAUGAAAGUGACCUCAUUUUCUGCUAUGCAAUAAGAAUACUUAAUUCUCUUUCAUGACAAACCAGUUGCAAUAUCCCCUAAGAUGCUUUUUGAGCUGUCUUACUUUGAUAUCUGUUGUGUAAAGUUUAUAUAUUCCUGAGCCAGAUCCUUUCAAAGAUUGCCUUUUUAUAAAAUUGAAGCUAUAGCUUUCAGGCUAAAAUUUUAAUGUAGAUAUUUUUAUAAGAUAAUUUUUCAAGAUAUUUGAAUUGCUUUUUAUUGUCCAUGAUAAUGAAAUGUUGUGUUCUAUAUGUCAUUCACUCUCAAACAUACUUCACGCCUUUAGCUGUCUUCCCUUUGUUUCUCACCCUCCAAAAACUGAUUUUUCAGUAGCUCCAGAUAGACAAGUCUCUUUGACUCUCUGACUUCUUUCUUGCACCAUAUUCAAGGGAGAUUGCUGAAUUUAAAAACACAAUCACUAAUGUUUCUUGAAUUGCUUAGGGACUAAUGUUAAGCUUGACUCAGCACUUACGCAUCUAGAUUGCCCGUCCACUUUAUUGGGAGUCUGCUUUCCACAGGGGUGAGGCUAGUUGGCCCAUCUCGUGGCAGCUCUCACUGCCUGGCACUGAGCCUGGCACGCCAUGGUGUGGGGAAGCCCAGAGAAGGGCCUACUUGCCGCCCUAUACUUCUAGUAGUUUCCUAGGUCCAGCAGACCAGUCCUCGUUCUCUUCUGUCCCCUUGUUCUUCUGAAGCUUCCAACAGCUUAAGGCCUUUGCUGCUGGAUGACAUGUCUUUUGGAGGCAUAUUGUCUGUGAACUUUAAAAGAGGGGUCACUCCUCACGACCCCCUAAGAAUGUGUUAAGCAUAUGCUUUGCAGAUGCUCAUACUACACUUGUAACUUGUUUCUUGAGCUGUGUCUACACUCCAGGCUCUAUUUUGUGUACUUAUGUAUCACUAGCCUCGUUUAAAAAAAAUCUUUAUUUUUAUUAUUAUUGGGACAGGUGCCAUUUGAAUUGCCUCCAUGCUCUCCCUUUGCACCUUGUUGGAUCAAGUUGGGAGGUUGAAUGAACUCAUAUUCCAGUUAGCUGGAAUUUUUAAGGCUCUGUUUGCCUGGAGAAGAAAGGAGGUUGGAAUGUAAUUUUUUUUAAGUGUUUGCACUACUUAGAGUCCUAAGCCCCUCAAGUUCAGCUGUGCUGUGUAUCUACUGACCAAGCAGGGGAGCCGGCAGCACUUCUGACAUCUGGGAAUGGAAGAGGCUUCUUCCGUGGUGGAUAAUCACAGCCUCGUAGCCCUUGUGCAGCCUUUGUCAUGGGGUGCGGUGACUCGUGGAUAUGGUGUCAGCCGCGGCAGAAAUGCAUGGGUCUGUGGUGUUUGGAGAAAUGAAUUGCUCUAGUGCUUUGUUCUUGCCUUUGGUUUUGAGAUUUCAAAUUAUUUUUCCCCUUUUUCAGUGGCAAUAAAGGACCCUUGUUGGACUUCUUGUUUAACUUGUACAUGAUGUGUAAAAUACUUUCUCCGAAAGAAAACUCAAGACACUUGAAUGUGUAUGUCUGUGUGGGUGCUCUGUCUGUGUGGUUGUCCACAGGCAGGCAGACUCGAUCACUGAUACCCCAUACAACACAUUGCAUGGGUAAGGUCCUUGAUCUGGUGUCCUCUGCUUGGAUUUUAGGGACCGUAUAUCUUGUAAAAGAACACUUGUUACAUGCUUGAUCUGUUACAGUGAUAGCUGAAGAAACAGUUCCUUGGAUGUGUUAUAUUAACAGGAAUUGUGUUCUAGUUUCCCAUACUGUAUGUUACUUUAAUUUUAAUAAAAGCCAAAC